GACAGAUUUCGUAGAUCACCACGUGGUGUUUAUCCAAGUUAUAAAACGCUUAGAAGAAUGCGAUAAAUACAGUUUCGCGUCGAAACUAACGUGUAAGUUUUGAACAUUUAAAGUCUUGAUUAUGACUGAUAAAAGGCAGCGAGCGAGGGUCCAGGGCUCCUGGGCCAAACCUCUUCCCAAACCACAACACCCAACUGCUCGAGAUGUCCAAUCGGCACCAGGGUCAUGGAAGGCAGGACCACAAUCAUUUGAGUUCCAUCAGCCAGCAAAUCCUAUCAGAGAGAUACCUGCAGAGAAAGUGAUCGAAAAGGCUGGUGACUAUGACAUUAGUCAGGGUCCUUCUGGAGUGUCACGACUACGGCUAACACCUGGGUUCCUGCAGCAAGAGGAGGCAGACUGGAUGUUUAGCAAGCUGCUUGCUGAACUGCCCUGGUCACAAAAGACCAAUUACAGGAUGAUGGGUGAUGCAUAUGAGGAACCCAGACUCACCUGUUGGUAUGGAGAACUGCCUUAUACAUAUUCACGCUCCACUAUGGAUGCCAACCCUGAGUGGCAUCCAGUUCUCUCCACACUCCGUCGGGCCAUUGAGCAGAAGAGUGGCCACACUUUUAACUCAUUACUGUGCAACCUUUACCGGGAUGGGAAAGACAGCAUUGGUUGGCACAGUGACAACGAGCCUUCAUUAGGACCCCAGCCCACUAUCGCCUCUCUCAGUCUGGGGGACACGAGAGUGUUCAGUUUUCGUAAGCAGCCGCUUCCUGAGGACAAAGGUGACUACACCUAUGUAGAGCAUCUACGAAUCCCACUAACCCAUGGGACGCUCCUGCUUAUGGAUGGUUGCACACAGGCAGACUGGCAGCACCAGGUGGCAAAGGAAUACCAUGACCGCGGGCCUCGGAUAAACCUCACCUUCCGCACCAUAUACCCAGAGCCAGAGCAUAUUGGUAGGAAAUCAUUCAGAUGAUCACUGAAAGGUGAGAUGCCAAGCUGCAGAAGAGAUGGUCAAUGAGGACAAAAGGUUGAGGUCUGUCUCAUAUUCACAGAACAUCAAGAGAAGAGGAUCUGAAAGUUCUGCACUAAUAUAUGUGACUUUAUUGUUGAACGUAAUUAUGGUUUAAUUAUUACAUUUAAGGAGUAGAGGUUCUCUUUUCAAUUCAAGAUCCUAAACAAUGAUAAAUGCAUCUGGUUCUAUUGAUACUGUUGUGUUUUUGUUUACAUAAAUUACUAUUUUCUCA